AUCCUCUUACCUUGUGUAGGUACAUUGAUCAGUCAAUCAGUUUGUAAGCAAAAUUGAUAGUUAUAAUACUCAUGCGAAGAAGUUUGGUGGGAGAAAAUAGUAAGGCAGUUGCUGCCAGAGCACGAAAGGCCGCAGGCAAAUGAGACAGACGCGGCGAAACGUCAACAACAGCUUGAGGAGAGUAUUGGAAGAUGAGCAUAAACAUAUUGCCAAAAAGCCCAGAGGAAGUGUGAAAGGUGAAGAAGUAGAUCGACAUCCAGAGAAAAGAUUUGAAACACUUUAUACUGCAUUUGGAAAGAAGGCAAACAUGCGAGGAUUUAAGGCUGAGAACCCAAAUCUCUGAGAUUGUGCCAACAGAUGAAACAGUUACUUAUAGGAAAGAAUGGAUGAGAUCGCCAGAAACCCAUUGAAAUCAAAAACUCUCUUAUCAAAGCAAUGAAGGGUUUCUAUUAAUGGUGUAAUUUUUCAAAUUAACAUAUUCUGGUUUCAAGGUUUGUAUCAAUUUAAUAACAUCUUUUCGUUUCCAUCAGGCAAGAACAUUAGUUUCAAAAUAAAAUAAUUGUAAUUCAUGCAAUAAUAAUGGCCCUUUUGUUAUCAGUGAUGCAAUUUGUAAAUUUUGUACAGUUAAAGUUAAUGUUAAACAUUUGAUGUAUUCAAAAAAUGUAAUCAAAAUAUGACCAUAUACAUUUAUGAAAAAAUCCAAUUUGUUUUAUAUGAUUGUUAACUUUUUUAAGGUUUAUUUGAUCCCUUGUUUUCAACAGGUAUUUAUAACAAUUGUAAUUUUUUUUUGGAAUAAUAUUACUGUACUUUCUGAGAAUUUGUGGGAAUAUAAUCACAUUUUGUGAUGACUAGAGCUGGGAAGUUUUUACAGGAGCUUUUAGCCCUGAAAUUACACAUGCAAAUAUUCCACAAGAAUUCGGAUAUGCACAGAAAUUAAGAUAUACAGGGUUUUUUAGCAAUUUAUGUUUUUAAAAUUAUUUAAUUUAAUUUAUUUAUUAUUUUGCCAUAUUAAAGAAACGGAAUAACGACAAAUU